AUGUGGCCGCGUCUGGCCUUUUGUUACUGGGGUCUGGCGCUCGUCUCGGGCUGGGCGACCUUUCAGCAGAUGGCCCCGUCGCGCAAUUUCAGCUUCCGCCUCUUUCCCGAGGCCGCGCCGGGGGCUCUGGGGCGCCUGCCCGCGCCCACAGAGGAAGCGGCCGAGAGCAAAGUGGAACGGCUGGGCCAGGCGUUCCGGCGCCGCGUGCGGCGGCUGCGGGAGCUCAGCGAGCGCCUGGAGCUCGUCUUCCUGGUGGACGAGUCGUCCAGCGUGGGCCAAGCCAACUUUCUCAGCGAGCUCAAGUUCGUCCGCAAGCUGCUGUCCGACUUCCCCGUGGUGCCCACGGCCACUCGCGUGGCCAUCGUGACCUUCUCGUCCAAGAACAACGUGGUACCGCGCGUGGAUUACAUCUCCACGCGCCGUGCGCAUCAGCACAAGUGCGCACUGCUCAGCCGCGAGAUCCCGGCCAUCACCUACCGCGGCGGCGGCACCUACACCAAGGGCGCCUUCCAGCAAGCGGCGCAAAUCCUUCGUCAUUCUAGAGAAAACUCAACAAAAGUCAUAUUUCUCAUUACUGAUGGAUAUUCCAAUGGGGGAGAUCCCAGACCAAUUGCAGCAUCACUGCGGGAUUUUGGAGUGGAAAUCUUCACUUUUGGCAUAUGGCAAGGGAACAUCCGAGAACUGAAUGACAUGGCUUCUGCCCCAAAGGAGGAGCACUGCUACCUGCUCCACAGUUUUGAAGAAUUUGAGGCUUUAGCUCGUCGGGCACUCCAUGAAGAUCUGCCGUCCGGGAACUUUGUUCAAGAGGAUAUGUCUCACUGCUCAUAUCUUUGUGAAGCUGGUAAAGACUGCUGUGACCGAAUGGCAAGCUGCAAAUGUGGGACACACACAGGUCAAUUUGAAUGCAUCUGUGAGAAGGGCUAUUAUGGGAAAGGCCUACAAUAUGAAUGCACAGCUUGCCCACCAGGGACAUACAAACAGGAAGCUUCUCCAGGAGGCAUCAACACGUGCAUUCCGUGUCCUGAUGAGAACCACACCUCUCCGCCUGGAAGUACGUCCCCCGAGGACUGCGUCUGCAAGGAGGGGUACCGGUCAUCUGGCCAGACCUGCGAGGUUGUCCACUGCCCUGCCCUGAAGCCUCCUGAAAAUGGUUACUUUAUCCAAAACACUUGCAACAACCACUUCAAUGCAGCCUGUGGGGUCCGCUGUCACCCCGGAUUUGACCUCGUGGGAAGCAGCAUCCUCCUGUGUCUACCCAAUGGUUUGUGGUCCGGUUCAGAGAGCUCCUGCAGAGUGAGAACAUGUCCCCAUCUCCGCCAGCCCAAGCACGGGCGCAUAAGCUGCUCUACAAGGGAAAUGUCCUACAACACGACAUGUUCACUUACCUGUGAAGAAGGGUACAGAAUAGAAGGAAGCGCCAAGCUCACUUGUCAAGGACAUGGCCAGUGGGAUGGGCCAGAACCCCGAUGUGUGGAGCGCCACUGUUCCACCUUCCAGAAGCCCAAAGGUGUCAUUGUUUCUCCCUCCAGCUGUGGCAAGCAACCAGCAAAACCUGGAACAGUUUGUCAGCUGAGCUGUCGCCAAGGGUUCCUAUUAUCUGGAGCCAGAGAAAUGAGAUGUACCACUGCUGGAAAAUGGAAUGCCAAAGUUCAGACAGCUGUGUGUAAAGAUGUGGAGGUUCCACAAAUCAACUGUCCUAAGGACAUAGAGGUGAAGACCCAGGAGCAGCAAGACUCGGCCAAUGUUACCUGGCAGGUUCCCACAGCAAAGGAUAACUCUGGGGAAAAGGUUUCCAUCCGCGUUUAUCCAGCUUACACCCCACCUUAUCAUUUCCCAAUUGGAGAUGUUGCUAUCACUUACACAGCAAUUGACUCAGCCGGCAACCAAGCAAGCUGUACUUUUCAUAUCAAAGUUAUUGAUGUAGAGCCACCUGCCAUAGACCGGUGCCGAUCUCCACCUCCAAUGCAGCUCUCAGAGAAGGAGCAGGUUGUAAGAUGGGAUGAGCCUCAGUUCUCUGACAACUCUGGAGCUGAAUUGACCAUCACAAGAACUCACACACAAGGUGACCCUUUCCCUCCUGGAGAGACCAUAGUGCGUUAUACAGCCACUGACCCCUCGGGCAAUAACAGGACCUGUGACAUUCACGUUGUCAUUAAAGGCUCUCCCUGUGAGGUUCCAUUCACACCUAUAAAUGGAGAUUUCAUAUGUGCUCAGGAUGAGAAUGGAGUUAACUGCACUUUAAGAUGCUUGGAGGGCUAUGAUUUCACAGAAGGGUCCACUGAAAAGUAUUACUGUGCUUAUGAAGAUGGCAUCUGGAGACCACCAUAUUCCACUGAAUGGCCAGACUGUGCUAUAAAACGUUUUGCAAACCAUGGGUUUAAGUCCUUUGAGAUGCUGUACAGAGCUACUCGGUGUGAUGACACAGACCUGUUAAAGAAGUUUUCUGAUGCAUUUGAAACAACCCUGGGGAAAAUGGUCCCAUCAUUUUGUAAUGAUGCUGAUGACAUUGACUGCAGACUGGAGGAUCUUACCAAAAAAUACUGCUUGGAAUAUAAUUAUGACUAUGAAAAUGGCUUUGCAAUUGGACCUGGUGGUUGGGGUGCAGCCAACAGACUGAGUUACUCUUAUAAUGACUUCUUGGACACUGUACAAGAAACACCCACAAGUAAUGACAAAGCAAGAUCAUCACGAAUUAAAAGAAAUGCCCCAUCAUCUGAUCACAAAAUUAAGUUUAUUUUCAACAUCACAGCUAGUGUGCCAUUACCGGAUGAAAGAAAUGAUACCCUUGAAUUGGAAAAUCAGCAACGACUCAUUAAAACACUGGAGACCAUCACCAACCGGCUGAAAAGGACCCUCAAUAAAGAACCUAUGUACUCCUUCCAGCUUGCUUCUGAAAUGCUUGUGGCAGAAAGCAAUUCUUUAGAAACAGAAAAGGCUUUCUUGUUCUGUAGACCAGGCUCGGUGCUUCGAGGACGUAUGUGUGUCAAUUGCCCUUUGGGGACCUAUUAUUCCCUGAAGCAUACUGUCUGUGAAAGCUGCCAGAAGGGAUCCUACCAAGAUGAAGAAGGACAGCUUGAGUGCAAGCUUUGUCCCACUGGGACACAUACUGAGUAUCUCCAUUCCAGAAGCAUCUUGGAGUGUAAAGCUCAGUGUAAACAAGGCACCUAUUCGUCGAAUGGGCUGGAGACUUGUGAAUCAUGUCCGCUGGGCACUUAUCAACCAGAAAUUGGUUCCCGGAGCUGCCUCUUAUGUCCAGAAAGCACAUCGACUGUGAAGAGAGGAGCUGUGGACAUUUCUUCUUGUGGAGUGCCUUGUCCAGUAGGAGAAUUUUCCCGGACUGGAUUAAUGCCCUGUUAUCCAUGUCCUCAUGAUUAUUACCAACCAGAUCCUGGGAAAUCAUUCUGUCUGUCAUGUCCCUUUUAUGGAACUACAACUAUUACUGGUGCUAAAUCCAUCACAGAUUGUUCAAGUUUUAGUUCAACUUUUUCAGCGGCAGAAGAAAGUAUUGUGCCCCUUGCUGCUCCUGGACGCGUUGAAAAGAAGUAUGAAGUUAGCAGUCAGGUUUUCCAUGAAUGCUUCUUGAACCCCUGCCACAACAGCGGAACCUGCCAACAACUUGGGCAAGGUUAUGUUUGCCUCUGUCCACCUGGAUACACAGGCUUAAAGUGUGAAACAGACAUUGAUGAGUGCAGCUCACUUCCCUGCCUCAACCAUGGGAUUUGUAAAGAUGGAGUUGGGGGAUUCGUUUGUGAGUGUCCAUCAGGUUACAAAGGUGACCAAUGUGAGGAUGACAUAAAUGAGUGCAGCUCCAGUCCUUGUUUGAAUAAAGGAACCUGUGUCGAUGGCGUGGCUAGCUAUCAUUGCACAUGUGUCCAAGGAUACACAGGCCAACACUGUGAAUUGGAAGUCAACGAGUGCCAGUCAAACCCAUGCUUGAAUAAUGCGGUCUGUGAAGAUCAGAUUGGAGCAUUCUUAUGCAAGUGUCCACCAGGAUUUUUGGGUAGCAGGUGUGAAAAAAACAUUGAUGAGUGUCUCAGUCAGCCUUGCAAAAAUGGAGCUACUUGUAAUGAUGGUGCCAACAGCUUCAGAUGUCAGUGUGCAGCUGGCUUCACAGGGCCACACUGUGAACUGAACAUCAAUGAAUGCCAAUCUAACCCAUGCAGAAAUCAAGCCACCUGUGUGGAUGAAUUAAAUUCAUACAGUUGUAAAUGCCGGCCAGGAUUUUCAGGCAGCAGGUGUGAAACAGAACAGUCUACGGGUUUUAACAUGGACUUUGACGUUUCCGGCAUCUAUGAUUAUGUCAUGCUAGAUGGUGUGCUUCCGUCUCUCCACGCCGUCACCUGUGCAUUCUGGAUGAACUCCUCUGACGCCAUCAAGUAUGGAACACCAAUCUCUUAUGCACUUGAGAAUGGAAGUGAUAAUACCUUUCUCCUGACCGAUUAUAAUGGCUGGGUUCUUUACGUGAACGGCAUGGAAAAGAUAACAAACUGUCCCUCCGUGAAUGAUGGCGUUUGGCAUCACAUUGCAAUUACUUGGACAAGUGUCGAGGGAGCCUGGAAAGUCUACAUUGACGGGAAGUUAUCCGACGGUGGCACUGGCCUCUCUAUUGGCCGGGCCAUUCCUGGUGGUGGUGCAUUAGUUCUUGGGCAGGAGCAAGACAAAAAAGGAGAGGGAUUCAGCCCCGCUGAGUCUUUUGUGGGCUCCAUAAGCCAGCUCAACCUCUGGGACUAUGUCCUGUCUCCACAGCAGGUGAAAUCUCUGGCUACCUCCUGCCCAGAUGACCUCAGCAGAGGCAACGUGUUAGCCUGGCCUGACUUCUUGUCGGGAAUUGUGGGCAAAGUGAAGAUCGAUCCUAAGAGUAUAUUCUGUUCCGAUUGCCCGCCUUUAGAAGGAACCGUGCCUCAUCUGCGAACUGCAGCAGGAGAUUUAAAACCAGGCUCCAAGAUCAGUCUGUUCUGUGAUCCAGGCUUCCAGUUGGUUGGGAAUCCCGUGCAGUACUGUCUGAAUCAAGGACAGUGGACACAACCACUCCCCCGCUGUGAACGCAUCAGCUGCGGGGUGCCACCCCCCUUGGAGAAUGGCUUUUACUCAGCCGAGGACUUCUAUGCUGGCAGCACGGUAACCUACCAGUGCAAUAACGGCUACUAUUUGUUGGGUGAUUCGAGAAUGUUCUGUACUGACAAUGGGAGCUGGAAUGGCAUUUCACCGUCAUGUCUUGAUGUGGACGAGUGUGCAGUUGGGUCAGACUGCAGUGAACACGCUUCCUGCCUGAACACAAACGGAUCCUACCUGUGUUCAUGCAUUCCACCCUACUCAGGAGACGGUAAAAGCUGUGCAGAACCUAUACAAUGCAAAGAGCCAGAACAUCCAGAAAACGGCCGUUCUUCUGGUGAGAUUUACACAGUGGGGGCCGAGGUCACGUUUUCAUGUGAGGAAGGCCAUGAGCUGGUGGGAGUAACGAAAAUCACAUGUCUGGAGUCUGGAGAAUGGAACCAUCCAUUGCCAUCUUGUGAAGCUAUUUCCUGUGGUGCGCCAACCAUCCCAGAAAAUGGUGACAUUGAUGGGUCAGCAUUUACCUAUGGCAGUAAAGUGAUCUACAGGUGCAAUAAAGGAUAUACUUUGUCUGGUGCUCAAGAGUCAUCCUGUCUUGCCAGUGGUUCUUGGAGUCAUUCUGCUCCUUUGUGUGAACUGGUGAAAUGUUCUAGCCCUGAAGACAUAGACAAUGGAAACUACAUUUUGAGUGGGCUUACCUAUCUUUCGACUGCAUUGUAUUCAUGUAAGAGUGGAUACAGCUUGCAGGGUCCAGCGCUCAUUGAAUGCACAGCAUCUGGCAGCUGGGACAAAGCACUACCUGUCUGUGACCUCGUCUCCUGUGGAGAGCCACCUGCCAUUAAAGAUGCUGUCAUCACUGGGAAUAACUUCACUUUUGGGAAUACUGUCACCUACACUUGUAAGGAAGGCUAUACCCUUGCUGGUCCUGACACCAUUGAAUGCCUGGCUAGUGGCCAGUGGAGUGCAAGUAAUCAACAGUGUCUGGCUGUCUCCUGUGAUGAGCCCCCCAACGUGGACCAUGCCUCUCCAGAGACUGCUCAUCGGCUAUUUGGUGACAUUGCAAUCUACUACUGUGCUGAUGGCUACAGCCUAGCAGACAAUUCCCAGCUCCUCUGCAAUGCACAGGGCAAGUGGGUUCCCCCAGAGGGCCAGACUAUGCCCCAUUGUAUAGCUCAUUUCUGUGAAAAACCUCCAUCUGUUUCCUACAGUAUCUUAGAAUCUGUGAGCAAAGCAAAAUUUGCAGCUGGCUCUGUUGUGAGCUUCAAAUGCAUGGAAGGUUUUGUGCUGAAUACUUCUGCAAAGAUUGAAUGCAUGAGAGGUGGACAAUGGAAUCCUUCCCCCAUGUCCAUCCAGUGCAUCCCUGUGCGGUGUGGAGAACCACCAAGCAUCAUGAAUGGCUAUGCAAGUGGAUCAAACUACAGCUUUGGAGCUAUGGUGGCCUAUAGCUGCAAUAAGGGAUUCUACAUCAAAGGGGAGAAGAAGAGCACCUGUGAAGCAACAGGACAAUGGAGUAAUCCCAUCCCCACAUGCCACCCAGUAUCCUGUAGUGAGCCACCAAAGGUUGAGAAUGGCAUUCUGGAGCAUGCAACUGGCAGGAUCUUCGAGAGUGAAGCGAGGUACCGAUGUAAUCCAGGCUAUAAGCCACUUGGAAGUCCUGUAUUUGUCUGUCAAGCUAAUCGCCACUGGCACAGUGAAUCCCCUCUGUUGUGCAUUCCUCUCAACUGUGGAAAACCUCCCCCAAUCCAGAAUGGCUUCAUGAAGGGAGAAAGUUUUGAAGUAGGAUCCAAGGUUCAGUUCUUCUGUAAUGAGGGUUAUGAGCUUGUUGGUGAUAGUUCCUGGACAUGCCAGAAAUCUGGCAAAUGGACUAAGAAGCCAAACCCGACGUGUGUGCCUACCAAGUGCCCGGAGCCACCCCUCUUGGAAAACCAGCUGGUAUUGAGAGAGGUGACCUCUGAGGUAGGCGUAGUGACAUUUUCCUGUAAAGAAGGCCAUGUUCUGCAGGGUCCCUCGGCUUUGAAAUGCUUGUCUUCCCAGCGCUGGAAUGAUUCUUUUCCGGUUUGCAAGAUGGUUCUUUGCCUCCCACCUCCCUUAAUUUCCUUUGGUGUUCCUGCCCCUUCUUCUGCUCUUCAUUAUGGAAGCACCAUCAAGUACUCUUGCGUGGAUGGGUUUUUCCUCAGAGGAGAUCCUACCACCCUCUGCCAGGCUGAUGGCACUUGGAGCUCCCCACUGCCGGAGUGUAUUCCCGUCGAGUGUCCCCAGCCAGAGGAAAUUCUAAAUGGAAUCAUUGAUGUGCAAGGUCUUGCCUAUCUCAGUACAGCUCUCUAUACCUGUAAACCAGGCUAUGAGUUGGUGGGAAAUACAACCACUCUUUGUGGGGAAAAUGGCCACUGGCUUGGAGGAAAACCAACAUGUAAACCCAUUGAGUGUCCAAAGCCCACAGAGAUCCUGAAUGGCAAAAUCUCUUACACAAAUCUACAUUAUGGAGAGACCAUUAUAUACUCUUGUGACCAAGGCUUCCAUCUUGAAGGUCCCAAAGCCUUGACAUGUUUAGAAACAGGCCAUUGGGAUGUGGAUGCCCCCUCUUGCCAUGCCAUCCACUGUAACCCCCCACAACCCAUUGAAAAUGGCUUUGUAGAAGGUGCAGAUUACAGAUUUGGUGCCGUGAUCAUCUACAGCUGCUUCCCUGGAUUUCAGAUUGUCGGUCAUGCCAUGCAGUCCUGUUUAGCAUCAGGAUGGUCAAGCUCCAUCCCCACAUGUGUGCCCAUAGACUGCGGUCUCCCUCCGCACAUAGACUUUGGAGACUGUACGAAAGUCAAGGAUGGCCAAGGGUAUUUUGACCAGGAAGAUGACAUGAUGGAAGUUCCAUAUCUAACUCCUUAUCCUUCUCAUCAGUUGGAAGGUGUAGAUAAAACCAAGGAAACCACGAAGGAGUCUCCUGCUACACAUUCUCCAAACUUUCUCUAUGGCACCACAGUUGUGUACACCUGUAACCCUGGAUAUGAACUUUUGGGGAACCCAGUGCUCACCUGUCAGGAAGAUGGAACUUGGAAUGGCAGUGCACCUUCCUGCAUUUCCAUUGCAUGUGACUUGCCUGUUGCUCCAGAAAAUGGUUUUAUGCAUUUUAAAGAGACUACCAUGGGUAGUGCUGCGCAGUACCACUGCAAGCCUGGAUACAUUCUAAUGGGCUCGGACACGAGACUUUGUCUGCAAAACAGGACAUGGAGUGGUACUUCCCCACACUGUAAGGUCAUUUCAUGCCAAAAACCCAGUCCAAUCAUGAACGGGUCCAUCAAAGGAAGCAACUACACAUACCUAAGCGUAUUAUACUAUGAAUGCAACCCUGGAUAUAUAUUGAAUGGCACAGAGAGGAGAACAUGCCAAGAAAAUGAAAAUUGGGAUGUCAGUGAGCCAGUCUGCAUUCCUGUGGACUGUGGCUCACCCCCUGUCUCAGCCAAUGGCCAAGUAAAAGGAAAGGAAUAUACAUUCCAAAAAGAGAUUGAAUACAUUUGCAAUGAUGGGUUUUUGCUUCAUGGAACCAGGAAUCGUGUUUGUCUUGCCAAUGGAACUUGGAGUGGAGCCACUCCUGCCUGUCUACCUGUCAGAUGUUCAACCCCACCACAGGUGGCACAUGGAAUGAUGGAAGGCCUGGACUAUGGCUUUGGGAAAGAAGUGGUGUUCCGCUGUCAGGAUGGAUACAUAUUGCAUGGAGCAUCUAAGCUCAUCUGUCAGUCAGAUGGUCACUGGGAUGCAGAGGUUCCUCUCUGCAAACCAGUCAGCUGUGUGCCUCCUGAAGAUCUUGCUGAUGGCUUCCCCAAUGGAUUUUCUUUUCAUCACGGUAGCUAUAUUCAGUAUCAGUGCUUUUCUGGUUAUAAGCUCCAUGGAAAUUCUUCAAGAAGGUGUCUCUCUGAUGGCUCCUGGGAUGGCAGCCCACCUUCCUGUCUACCUUGCAGGUGUUCCCCACCAGUCAUUCAAUAUGGAACUAUCAAUGGGACAGAUUUUGGUUGUGGAAAAACAAUCAAGAUUCAGUGUUUCAAAGGUUUCAAGCUUCUGGGACUUUCUGAAAUCAUUUGUGAAGCCAAUGACCAGUGGAGCUCUGGCUUCCCACACUGUGAACAUUCUUGUGGUUCUCCUCCAACCAUCCCAAAUGCUUCCAUCAGUGAGAGCAGCUCUUUGGAGGAAAAUGUGGUAACUUACACAUGCAGUCCUGGGUAUAUCAUCCAAGGCAGUCCAGACCUAAAAUGUACAGAGAAAGGGACAUGGAGUCAGCCUUAUCCAGUCUGUUCACCUCUGUCCUGCGGACACCCACCAUUUGUCCCCAAUGCAGAGGCAACUGGAGAGGAAUAUACCUAUGGAAGUAAAGUGAAACUCAGAUGUCUAGAAGGUUAUACAAUGGAUACAGGUAUUGAUACACUCACCUGUCAAAAAAAUGGCCAUUGGUUCCCUGAGAGACUCUCCUGCAUUCCUAAAACAUGUCCUCUGCCAUCCAACAUGACACGGAUCGUAAUUCAUGGCGACGAUUUCAGUGUCAAUCACCAAGUCUAUGUGUCAUGUGCAGAAGGCUACACCUAUGAGGGAGUUAACAUGUCUACGUGUCAGCUUGAUGGUUCCUGGGAACCACCAUUUUCUGAUGAAUCCUGCAGUCCAGUUUCUUGUGGGAAACCUGAGAGCCCAGAACAUGGAUUUGUGGUUGGCAGUAACUACAGCAUUGAAAGCACCAUUGUUUAUCAGUGUGACCCUGGCUAUGAAUUAGAGGGGGACAGAGAACGAGUCUGCCAGGAGAACAGACAGUGGAGUGGAGGGGUAGCCACUUGCACAAGGAGCCAGUGUGAAGUUCCACUUGAAUUUCCAAAUGGGAAAGCUGAUGUGGACAACUCCACAGCUGGACCAAGCGUGGUGUAUUCCUGCAACAGAGGCUAUAGCCUGGAUGGGUCCCCAGAGGCCCACUGCACUGCAAAUGGAACUUGGAGCCACCCGGUUCCUCUCUGCAAACCAAACCCAUGCCCUGUCCCUUUUGUGAUUCCCGAGAAUGCUGUGCUUUCUGAAAAGGAGUUCUAUGUUGAUCAGAAUGUGUCAAUCAAGUGUAGGCAAGGGUUCCUGCUCAAGGGCCAAGGCGUCAUGACCUGCAACCCUGAUGAGACUUGGACACAGACAAAUGCCAAAUGCGAAAAAAUCUCAUGCGGUCCUCCAGUGCAUGUAGAAAAUGCGAUUGCACGAGGCGUUGACUAUCAAUAUGGCGACAUGAUCACCUACUCGUGUUACAGUGGAUACAUGCUGGAAGGCUCCCUGAGGAGUGUUUGCCUGGAAAAUGGAACAUGGACGUCACCUCCUAUUUGCAGGGCUGUCUGUCGGUUCCCGUGUCAGAAUGGAGGAGUCUGCCAACGCCCGAAUGCUUGUUCCUGUCCAGAUGGUUGGAUGGGACGGCUCUGUGAAGAACCAAUAUGCAUUCUUCCCUGUUUGAAUGGUGGUCGUUGUGUGGCCCCUUACCAGUGUGACUGCCCACCUGGCUGGACUGGGACCCGCUGUCAUAUAGCUGUUUGUCAGUUUCCCUGCUUAAAUGGUGGAAAAUGUGUAAGACCAAAUCGAUGCCACUGUCUGUCAUCUUGGACAGGACAUGACUGUUCCAGGAAAAGGAGGACUGGGUUUUAACCACUGUCCAACUAAUUGGCUCCCCUAAAAGCAGGAUCAUCUCUUCCUGAUAGCGCCUGGGCAUCCUGGAACUUCUACAAAGUCCAACAUGGUGCUGGCUCUUGUUUUGUUUAGUAAACACAUUAUUGGGGAUUUACUUUUUUAUUUUGUGAUAUAUCUUGUUAUUCUUUGUGACAUACUUUCUUACAUGUUUCCAUUUUUAAAUAUGCCUGUAUUUUCUAUAUAAAAAUUAUAUUAAAUGGAUGCUGCUCUACCC